AUAGAUUAUUUAGAAAGUGCCACACUGAGCUGCAGAUUGUCCAUCAAGCGCCCCCUCUAGUGGACACUAUAGCUAGCAAACAUGUUUCAUGUCCAUUUGUGAAGUCGUUCAUUCCCAUCUAGCAUUGCAGAGAGCAUGAUUUGAUGCGUUAACAUGACGUCAAGUGUGCGGUCAGUGGUGUAUCCAGUGCGCGCGCUUCCAAGGCGCGCACUUCUGCACAAAGCGCGAGCUGACAGGUACACUUAUCACGUCGCGUACACCGUACACGCAUGGGAAUCUGUUGCAGUUUUGCGUAACACAACAACACUACAUCAGACUGAGUGAUAUGCGAUCAAUGUCCACCUGGCACCUGUUGUUGGAGAGCGCUUUCAGAAACAAUGGGUGACACUCUCGACCUCAACCUCAGCGGAUGGAGAAGUUUAAACAGGAGUUUCACGGGUCUCCACAAGUUCAGCAGUCUGGAGGACAUCGAUGUAAGCGCUGACGGAAGCCUGGUCCUGAGGAUCAUCAUCUCGGCUGUGUACUCCGCGGUGUGCGCCGUGGGUUUGGUCGGGAAUCUCCUGGUGUUUUUCCUGAUGAGGAUCAGACAAGGACGGAAGAAAUCCAUCAUUAACUUCUUCGUCAUCAAUUUAGCGGUCACCGACUUCCAGUUCGUCCUGACCUUGCCCUUCUGGGCAGUGGAUACGGUGUUGGAUUUCAGCUGGCCGUUUGGUAACGCCAUGUGCAAGAUCAUUUUAUCAGUCACUGUGAUGAACAUGUACGCGAGCGUGUUCUUCCUCACCGCGAUGAGCAUCACGCGCUACUGGUCUGUCGCGUCCGCCUUAAAAAUCCCUUCUCGAGCGAAGUGUGUGUCGGUGAAGUGGAUCAGCGCGGUGUUGUGGAUCCUGGCGACUGUAGCGACAGCUCCAACAUCUAUUUUCUCCACCGUGACAGUCGUGGCAGGUGAAAAACUCUGCCUCCUCAAGUUUCCGGAAGGACACCAUUGGCUCGCGCUGUAUCACCUUCAGAAAAUUGUCGUCGCGUUUAUCAUGCCCAUGUUCGUCCUCUCAGUGUGUUAUCUCUUACUUCUGAGGUUUCUCCGAAAGAGAGGCGCUAACACCCAUCAGAGAAGACGAUCUAAAGUUGCGAGGUCUGUGACGGUGGUGGUGCUCUCGUUCUUCAUCUGCUGGAUGCCGAACCAUGCGAUCACUCUGUGGGGAGUUCUGGUGAAACUCAACGCCGUGCACUGGGACAAGUCGUACUACAUGGUGCACACUUACGUUUUCCCCGUGACUGUUUGUCUUGCCCACACUAACAGCUGCUUAAACCCAGUCUUGUAUUGUUUGAUGCGCCGGGAGUUCAGGAAAACGCUACAUAGUUUCUUUUGGCGCGUCUCGUCACCCGUUCUUUCGAACGUUGGGAAACUCCAUGGAUACAGUGGAGGGAGCAACCAAACACACGAUGGCGCGCAUAUUGGGAUUCAUUUAAACGUGAUUGACGCACAACUCUGCCAACAACCCACACAAUAA